AUGGAAAGCUGCCAACUAAAGAGCAAAAAGCAUCAGUUCUCACAAGCCUGCCUGAGAAGAGAAGACAGAAUCGUUUUCAUGAUUUAGACAUUUGUGUGAACUCCAAAUCUGUAAAACCAUGGCCGACAGUGUUCAGAGGCAAAAGCAGACAAAUGUUGCACAAGUGGCAACUGCAAGGAAUACAGGUUUGGAUCCACAUGAAGAAAUUCGAAUAGUACUGAUUGGAAAGACAGGAAAUGGGAAAAGUGCAUCGGGAAACACUAUCCUAAAUCGAAAGGCUUUUAUAUCAGUCCUCUCUCCAGUGUCUGUGACGUCAGAGUGUGAAAAGGCGAAAGGAGUGGUGGAUGGACGCAGGGUAGCGGUCAUUGACACACCAGGAAUUUAUGAUACAAAGUACAAAGAAGACAAAGUCGUCAGAAAGCUAAAAGAAUGCAUCUGUUUCUCCGCUCCUGGUCCCCACGUGUUCCUGAUUGUGAUCCAGUUGACCAGAUUCACAGAGGAAGAACAGAAAACUGUUGAACUCCUGCAGCUUGUGUUUGGUAACAAAGCUGCAGAUUACUCCUUGGUUCUCUUCACUCAUGGUGACCGGCUCAAAGGCACAAGAAUUGAAGAUUUUUUUAGACAGAGUCGACAACUUAGCCAUUUGAUUGCAAAAUGUAACUGGCGGUAUCAUGUCUUCAAUAACACAGUUUCCGAUGACAGUCAGGUAUCUCAGCUGCUUGCAAAGAUAGUAAGUAUGGUCUGUGACAAUGGAGGAACAUUUUACACAAAUGAAAUGUUCCAGGAGGCUGAGAAAGUGAUCCAAGAAGAAACAGAGAGGAAUAUGAAGGCCAUUGCCGAGCAAAAACGCAGAGAAGAAGAACAACUGAGGGCCAUAUUUAAAGGCGAACAGCUGCAGGAAGAGCUACAGUGUCUCCAGAAAGGGUAUACAAGACAAUCAAGAGAAAAGGCAGAGAAGAAAAACAAAUUCAUUGAAAGUGGAAUCAUCGUAGCAGCCACUGAAGUGGGUGUGACAAUCGGGGCUGCUGCUGGUGCUGUAGGAGGUCCACUUUGCACAGGCUUUGGAGCAGUGGUGGGUGGAGUUGUCGGGGCUAUAGUGGGAGUCUUGGCACCAGCAGCAGUAAAAACUCUGAAAAAUAAAUGCGCUGUACAAUAAAAUAUAUAACUGCAUUAACCUGGACAUUGUAAUGUUUGUGGUGGCAGCUGCUGCAAACAUAUGCCAACAAUGUUGAACUACAGGUUUGGAUGAAGCAACCACUGAGUCAUUGAUUCUGCUCAACAUUACUAUCAAAGCAGGUAUAUUAUGGUUACUUUGAGGUCUGAUAUAGGAAAGUGUAACUUAAAGCUGCACUAAUCAAUAUUUUUUUACUAACAAUAGAAUAAAUAUGUGUAAUGUGAAAGGGGUCACUCGUAGUGAUGAACCCACAGAUAAUUAUCACCCGACUCUGCUGUUCCCUUCAGCUCUACGGAGCAUUUUAUCUUUUUUCAGUUCAUUGUGUGAAUGAGAAAUGAGAUUUUGGCUGCUAAAGAUGCAGCUAUUUCCUUCAGGAGUUGGUGGAGUCCAAACUGAAGCAAAAAGCAGAGUGAAUUUUGGACAGAAACAUGACUCCAAAUGAAUGCUAAUGCCUCUCCGUGUCACCUGGAUGUGUAAAUAGGCACCAAUCAAUGCAUGUUCAUCUUAUCUUUAAAGCAUUUUUUUCUGCAUUAUACUCUAGUUCCUGAAUAAUGUCCCUGGUAUUUGUUGUUUUAGGAGAGUUUUUGUUGAUAUUUUACUAGCUGGUAAGUGGAUGUGUAAAGAAUUGUACACAAUCAGCAGACACCCAGAAACAAUGCAGGAAAAUGAAUCUUGGACAGACAAUACUCCUGUAUAAUACACACUAAAUUGCAAACUGUGGUGGGGUAAUGGUUAAAUAAACAAAUGUGAAAACGAUUAAACUCCAACACUGUCAGUUACUUUUC